AUGCCGCAGCGCGUGGCCGUCUUGUCGCACGUGAAGGCGAGCUCGACUCAACCGAGUCACAUGAGCAGUAGCAGCAGCGCGCGUCGCAUUGCGUGGCACGGCGGCAAGAUCUCGUCGAACAAGACUGAGGCGCUGCAGAAGUUCUACCAGCGCAAGCUACGAGCGGGUGACUACGAUUUGGCGCAGCAGAUUGAGACAACACUAAAUGUAGAGCCAAGUCACGACGAGGCGGUAUUCAAGCACCUGACGACGACCAAGUAUCAGGAAUCACAGACGACAGGGACAGUAACGGGGAAGUACAUGGUGUUAAAGACUGGACGUGUCCUGGGACCCAAGAUGCACUCGAAGUCGAGCGUGAAAAAAGCAGACGGGUCCCGUCGGCAGGCGAAACAGCACGACUAUGUGCAAAAACUGGUAAAAACGAGCAGACAGUCGCCAAAGAAUGUGGCAGAGAUUCCACUGGAAGACAAGUUGGGGCUGCCAUUGCAUGCACUAGUUGGGGACAAGGCGAAGCGCACGCUCUGUGUCGUGAAGCGGAGGUGA